AUGCUCGGGUAUCGUCGCCGGGAUCAUCUGAUGAAUACCAUGGUAGUAGGGCUUGAUGGUUGGAAAAUGUCCUCUUCCAAGCCAGCGGAGACAAAAAUCGAGUUUCUUGACGACCCCGAAACAGUUCGCGACAAGAUAUUCCGGGCAGCGUGUCCCGCACGACAAGUCACUGGAAAUGGAGUCCUAGGGCUGCUUCAAGACGUUCUAAUUCCCAUCAGUGAGCAACGCGUGGAGAGAUUGCUAGUGAAGACCGGCCUGAACGUACACGAGAAAACCGGUUCCGAACUGGACCAGCGCCCCUUCUGCAGUCCAGGGUCGCCGACUGGCACGGGUUUCACCACUUACGCUGAGGACGGGGAGGAGCAGAACUUUGCCUCGUAUGAGGAUAUCGAAGUAGCAUUCGUAGCAGGCCAGCUACGGCCAGAAGAUUUGAAAAGUGCCGUGGCGGAUUCUUUGAACAUCCUGUUAGCUCCUAUCCGAGCCACGCAUACGGAGAGCGAAGAAUGGCAGGAGUUGAAUAGAUUGGCUUAUCCUGAUGGGAACUGA